AUUGUAAUGUAUAAUAAAUGAAUGAGUUGCUGGUGACGCGGGCGGCGGAGCGGGGCGCGGGGCGCAGGCGCUCCCCGCGCCACUCUCCGCAGAACCGUUGCACGAGGAGCACGUUCAAAAUAUAAAUCUGUGUUUUAUUGGUACCAAUCGAUCCUGUACAAGUGGCGAUCCUGCCAGUGACUAAAGCCCUAGAGGUAGUCCCAAAAUGUCGCAAAUACCCCCAAUGGAGUCCUUGGACUGCGAAGGUGAGCCAGCUUCUCUCGGGUUACGCUGGGAGAAGUGGAAACGGGGGCUUGAGUUGUACUUGAUAGCCACAAAUGUUACAACGCCAGAAGCAAAAAGAGCUAUGCUUCUGCAUAUGGGUGGACUAGCCCUACAAGAAGUCUACUUCAACAUACCUGGUGCGCACGUAGACGCGGCAGUAGAGGGCAAGGAUUUGUUCGACGUCGCUUUAUCAAAAUUAGACGAUUACUUCGCCCCAAAACAAAGUCGCGUAUACGAACGACAUUUGUUUCGGCUUGUCAAGCAAGAAAGUGGGGAGAAAUUCGAAAAAUAUCUCGUCAGACUCCGCCAUCAAUGCUCUAAAUGCAAGUUCACUUCACCAGACGAGCAAAUGAUUGAUCAGAUUACUGAAAAAUGUGAUUCAGUAGAAUUACGUAAAAAAAUACUUACUCUCGGAGAUGACGUCACACUUGACAAAAUUAUUUCGGAAGCGAACGCCUUAGAGACUGUGCAACGACAACUAAAUAACUUUGAUACAAUUAAACCUAACAGAGAUUUGCCAGUAAACCAAGUAGGAAUGACAAAGAGAAAAGAGCAUUCCGCUCCCGCUUCCUGUUGUCGUUGCCGCGGGAACCAUCCCAGCGAUAGUAAAUAUUGUCCGGCGCGUGACAAAAAAUGUUUAAAAUGCGGAUUUAUCGGGCAUUUUCGCACAUGCUGUAGGACCAGAGCAAACAAACGAAAGUCAGAUGAAAUUCCUGCUAAAGAAGGUGGAGUUAGGGGUGCUAAAAGACAAAAAACCAAACCGGUUGAAGAAGUCGAUUACAUCUUCCAUAUCGACGGUGACGACACAAUUACGUGCACGUUAGGUGAUGUACAAAUUGAUAUGAUUAUUGAUUCAGGAAGCAAAUGUAACAUUAUCAGCGAUGUAGCGUGGGAAAAUCUAAAAAGCAGCGGUAUCAGAGUCAAGAAUCAAAUAAAGAAUCCUGACAAGAAACUUAUGGCAUAUGGGAGCGACAAACCGCUGAAUGUUCUCGGCUCGUUUGAUUCCGUUAUAAUAGUUGGUAACGGAAAACCGCUGAAAGCUACAUUUUUUGUUGUACAAAAUGGCACGAGGAAUUUGCUCGGAAAAGACACGGCGACGAAACUUGGAGUCCUCAGAAUAGGUUUAGGCAUAAAUGCAAUUGAUGGGAAACCUCCAGCAGAACUCUUUUACAAGCGUCAAUUUAGGGAUAAGCUACCCUCCAUAAUCGAUGUAGAAUUCGCAGACACAGACAUGGAAACCAGGGAUCGCGAUACCGAACAAAAACAGAAAUGGAAGGAGUACGCAGAUAGGAAGAGACACGCAACAGAAUCGGAUAUUGGAGUCGGUGAAAAGGUCUAUGUGAAGAACAUGACAAAAGAUAACAAACUGACCGCGCCGUUCAAUGAUACACCACAUACAGUCAUCACUAAGAAUGGUGGUGAUGUAGAACUCCAGAACGACGACAACGGACAACUUCUGCGUCGUAACAUAGUGCAUUUAAAACGGAUUGAGAGUCAGUGGAAAGUUUGUCCUGAGCAUGACAACUCUGUCGAUAACGCAGUCAGAAGUGAAUAAAUUUAAAUCAUGAUGUCUCAGAUUACCAACCAAUUAAUUAAAAUUAAACCAUAAAUUAUAAUAUAUAUUUAAAUAUAAUUAAAUUUAUAAUAUAUAAUUAAAAUUAAAAUUUAACCAAUUAAUUAAUUAAAGAAUUACUUACGAUUACUUUAGUUUAGUAUUAUGUUAACAGUGUUUAAGUAAAAUAAGUGUUUGAAGGAAAUUUGAUUAAAUUUAUUUUUAUUUUGUAAAAGGUAGAUGUAAUGUAUAAUAAAUGAAUGAGUUGCUGGUGACGCGGGCGGCGGAGCGGGGCGCGGGGCGCAGGCGCUCCCCGCGCCACUCUCCGCAGAACCGUUGCACGAGGAGCACGUUCAAAAUAUAAA